ACCCCACUGGCUCGCGCCACUCAGCGUGCCCGCCGGAUCAGCCGUCGCUGCUCUUGCGGGUUUUAACUGGUCAGCGUAAACAAAUAUCGCAACAAUUCGUCUUACUUUUAUCGAAAGCACUUCUCAGCAUAAGAUACAAUACAAAAUAACAGUACAAGAUCACACAUGCAUAGACACAAGAGGCCUUCAUUGAUCUAGUCGAAUCUAUUUCCAAGAUCAGUGUCAAAUGCAGAAUCCCCGAAACUCAUAUGACCAUGCAUUGAAACAAUGCCUACAUGUCUGUAAGUGCAUCAAAUUUUCCUAACCAGGUGUGGCAACGAUGAACGGCGAACUGUGGGAACACAACCGGAGGUUCUGUCUUCACGUCCUCCGGAAUCUUGGUUACGGCAAGACUUCCAUGGAGGACCACGUAAAGGACGAGUGUCAGAGCAUAAUAGAUAAAGUGGCAGAGGCGAAGGGAGCACCUAUCGCCUUCCAGGACUACCUGCUAACCAGCACGUCGAAUAACAUCUCGGCACUGGUCUACGGCCGCGGGUACCCGUUCGACCACCAGCGUCGCCGUUUCCUCGACAGCCUUCUCAACGACCUGCUAAGCGCUAUCCGGGCAGGUAGCCUGGUCGAAUUCUUGCCUCCCUUCCUCCUGAAGGUUGUUUCUAAACUACCUUCAACGCGCCAGACGACCAUUCAUUGAAUCAGUAACUACAAAAAAAUUUUUCGGGUGCUCACAUAUAUGGUAAUAAAACAAAUCGAGGAGCACAAGGCGACCCUUGACGAGCACUUCAAUCGGGACUUCAUCGACGGAUACCUAAGGAAGAUAAAAGAACACGAGGCGGAUCCAAAUUUAAAUUUUCAGCAGCCAUACCUCCUGGGCAACCUGCUUAGCUUCUUCAUCGCCGGCUCGAACACCGUGGCAGUCACCCUCCAGUGGCACGUCUUGAACUUGGCAGACAAGCCGGACACGGUGCAGGCCGGUAUUCGCCGCGAGAUCGACGAAGUGGUGGGCAAAGAGAGGCCGCCCGCGUGGGAGGACAGGAAUAAGAUGCCUUACACGAUGGCCUGCAUCUGGGAGAUGUACCGCUGGAAGACUGUGUCGCCUCUCGGUGUUCCCAGAAGCGCCGGUGAAGACACGUUCUUCGACGAGUAUUACAUUCCGAGAGGAACCACCAUUUCACCCAACGUGUGGGCGGUGCACAACGACCCUACGCUCUGGAAGGAGCCUUCCAAGUUCGACCCAGGCCGCUUCUUGAGGGAGGAUGGCUCUUUGAUUCAACCGAAACCGGAGUACCUGAUCCCAUUUUCCAUCGGGAAACGGAUGUGUCCAGGCGAAAUCCUGGCCUCCGUGGAGAUAUUCCUCUACCUCACCAGCCUACUCCAAAAGUAUCUCAUCCUCCCCGAAGGAGACAAGAUCCACGGCCUGGACUCUGCCGACAUCCCGCCUGCGGAGCUCAAAAAGUACAAAGUGCGGUUCGUGCCCCGAUAGCGUUGCCGUUGAUGCCAAGCUACUAGUGAGAUGUCCACUCUCUGCAGCCGAACAGAACCAGGACAAUUUCGAAAGUGUUCCUCAUCUCCAAAGGAAGGCCUUUGUUCGAAGAUAUGACAACCCAACGUUGUUUUUCAACAACGUUCCUGAGAUUCAGCACUACCUCAAUACUAUACGCAUUUCAGCUUGAAACAGAGUGGCGUGAAGGAUGAAGAACUUCCAUACGUUCCGUACAGAUCAAAAAGAGCAUAGUCUUGAUCAAUCAAUCAGUCAGACAUUAUUGAGCUAUUGAGCACCAUAGAAACUUAGAGUUGGCAGACACCAGCUCUUUGAAGUGAAAAAGUGAAGCAGUUUUUCAAUCUAUUCACUAAGUGAAAAUUACUCAGGAGUAAACAAUACAUACAGCUUGAAUUCACGUACACAGUCAGUGCAGGAAGACAAAAAAAUAGACUGUACAAUGGGCGGAUGAAAAGUAGAUCAAUCAAACGGCGGCUAUAAACAACACUAUUGAAAAGGCCUGAACCUGAGAUUGUUAGUGCUACUUCAUGACGAAAAGCAGCUUUCGUCCUGUCUGGACUUUGUUGCACCGUUUUUUUUUUUCGCGCUGUAGUUCCCCAUGAACACUGUUGCAAAAUAAACCCAGAUGCGAUCGAUUUCCACAGGUACAUUUCGACUUGAGUCGCACAAGCAAGGCACAAGCAGCACAAGCACAAGCAGC